GACGUCGCCCCGCGCCAACGCCUCGACGCGGGCCGUGUCGCUCAAGCCUCCCGCCGGCAGACCCCUUUAUAAAUUGCCGCAGUGGCGGCGCCCCUUCGCCCCAGCAAGCAAGCGCACGCGACCUCGCCUUGCUCACUCACUAGACAAACCCAGCCCAGGCCGCAGCAGAGCAGAGGCCAACAAGCAAAGCAAACACCGCUGCCGCCGCCGGCACCUCAUCACUCCGCUGCUGAGCUGAGCCCACGGAUCCUCGCGCGCACUGCACUGCUGAGCCCGGAAUUCCGUUCCGUUUCCGGCGCCGAGGAGCCAGGGAAGACCGGCAAGUUGGCGGGCAGGUCGACGCCCCAGCCCCAGCUAUGAGCAUGAGCUCCCCAAACUCGUGGCUCUUCUCGGACAGCUCGCGGUACAGCACCCGGGCGCGGCUGCUCUUCAUGGGGCUCUCCUUCGCCAUCGGCAUCCUCACCUUCCUCCUCUACCUCGCCAUCUGGUACCUCUGCAGCAGCUGCCGCCGCGGGCAGCGCGGCAUGGGCGCCGCGGCGGAGGACGGCGGCGACUGCGGCAUGAGCGCGGACGCGAUCGCCGCGCUGCCGACCUUCACCUUGGCGCGCGGCGACGGGCCGCCGGCGCUGGACUGCCCCGUGUGCCUGGGGCAGGUGGAGGCCGGGGAGAAGGCGCGGCGGCUGCCCAAGUGCGCGCACGCGUUCCACGCCGAGUGCGUCGACGCCUGGCUGCGCGCGCACUCCACCUGCCCCAUGUGCCGCGCCGCCGCCGCCGCCGCCACCAAGCACGCCGCCGCCCCGGCGCCGGCGGAGGCGCUGCCACUGCCGCCCGUGUAAUGCGGAGCGGCCGUGGCGUGGCGUGGCGUGGCGUGGCCGGCCGGCGAGCUGGACCCCCGCCGGCUGGGAACUCUUGAAGCCGAUCGAACGCACAUCAGGCAAGCAGCAGCUAGCCAUAGUGACAGAGACACCAGUAUACUGAUACUAGCUAGUGUGGUAACCUACUAGGCUACUAGGAUCAUACAUAUAGAGAGAGAGGCAGAUCCAGGCUUAAUUAUUACCGCAGGGAUUUAUUAUUGGUUUGGUUUGGUUCUUGCUGCCUACUGCUUGUACAAAUGCCCAGCGAUGCUUUAUGACGUCAACUCCUGCUGCUACUGUCCCGAGCUGA